UUGCGACUACUCAGUUUGGACGGCGGUGGUAUCAGAGGCAUCUCCAGUCUAAUAAUCCUAGAUGCUAUCAUGCAUAAAAUUAAUGAGAGGCGCGAUCCAAAGAUCCUCCCAUGCCAGUAUUUUCAACUCGCCGGUGGAACCAGCACAGGCGGACUGAUUGCACUCCUGCUGUUCUGGCUGGAAAUGGAUACCAGGAACGCAAUCAUGGUAUACCAGGAGAUGGCUAAGAACAUCUUUAGCCCCAGGCUCCCCAAGCUUUUGGGGGGUUAUAAUCUGCACGACUUAGGCUACUUUGGAUACUGCAUUGGCAAUCCCUACUUGUGGUUUAAGGCCCUUCUACUUCCUUCUCGCUUUUCGGACUCUUACCUAAGGGAGGCCAUUGACGUUGUUAUGAUGGGUGGAGGACAAAAUCUCCGCAAACCUGGACCCGGACCCCCACGAAUGUUUAUGUGUGCCACUAGCAUCACUCAUGAACGCGCCGAGCUAUUUCGCUCCUACGAACCCCCACAGGGCGUGGAGGACAGAUUUCAGGGUAUCACAGUAAGAGAUGCCGCUCUCGCUACGUCCGCCGCUCCAACGUACCUACCUAAAGUGAAGAUUGGGAACGAAGAAUUCUGGGAUGGAGGCCUCCUCAACAAUAACCCCAUCAACCAAGUAUGGGAUGCACGAUAUGACGCCGCUCCCAACACUGCAGGUGAACCCGAUAUUUACUGCGUUGUUAGCAUUGGGACAGGCCGCGUUAAGGGGCCAGUACAACAGCCCGGUGGGGGAUUUAUCAACACCGUCAGCACAGCUAUCUCGUACACGACGAACACGGAAGCUAAGCACCAGGACUUCAAGCGCAUGAUUGACAGGCGCAGGCGAGGGGGGGUAGAUAUUCAUUACUUCAGGUUCGAUGUGGAAUUGGAGAAGGAGAUAAAUCUUGACGAUUGGCAGAGUAUGUCAACACUGGAGAAGAUCACG